GCGCUUUACGAAAUCUCAACAUAACCUAAUUUUGAGGUUAUCUCAAUAACAACAAAUUUAUUUGUAUAAAAAUGAAUUGUGUUAUACCCGGAGCUAACUUAAAGAUACUCAACAAGGUGUGCCAAACCCUAUCAAAAAUAGGAGAUUAUUUAUAUAUUGAAACAAGAGCUGAUUCCCUACAAAUAUCAACGGUUAACAACGGGAAAACAGCUUUCGCCAAAUUCAUUUUUAACGCAACCUUUUUCACUGAUUUAAACCUAACAUCGAUAUCCAAUGAAUCAAUUUCGUGCAAAAUCCCCAUGAAAUCCAACGUGUUUAAAUCGAAAGGGCCUAAAGAUAAAAAAGUGGAAUGUUGUAAGCUCGAAUUAAACGAAGAAUCGAUUUUGGUAGUAACGAUAAUGUAUAGUCACGAUUUAAGCGUUCGGCACGAAAUUAAUCUCGUCGAAAAGGAAUUAAUCAACGUCGAUUAUAACCCGGAAAAACUAUCAAAGAAAAUUAGUUUUGGAAAAGUUGUUUUACAAAGAAUUUUGAAUAAUUUUCAAAGUCGUGAUGAAGAUAUGAGCAUGGAAUUUAAACCCAAUAAAUGUAUUGUAAGAAACUACGAUUCAUCAAAUAACGAAAUAACUCACGAUUUGAGAUCACAAAUCUUUUUAAAACCCGCCGAUUUCGACGAAUACAAAAUUGGGGAUGAAACGACAACAAUUACGAUUGGUUUUAGAUCGUUUCGAGCAGCGGCUAAUUUCUGCGAAAAUUUCAGCUUAAACGGAAUUUUAAAUUUCGAUUGUGGUGGAAAACCGGUGAUUUUCUCGAUUCAAGAUUUAGCGUUCGAAGGGAACUUUAUUUUCGCUUCGGCUGGGUUCGCAUCGGAAAACCUAAGUCGAAAUGGGUCAUCGCAAGAAACAGAUGAAUUAAAAUUAAAUAAUCAAAACAUUAAUUUAAAUAGUCCAACAAUCUUAGAAAAUUUCGAGAUGGAUUUCGAGGAAAAUGAAAUGGAAGUUGAGGUUAUGUCAAAUAAAUCAGAAUCGCCUCGAACGAAACUGAUUAAAUUGGUUUUCGGGAGAUGUUUUGAAAGCGAAUUUGAUGAUAAUAAGGGUUUAGGUAGGAAGAUUUUGUCGGAUACUGAUAGUGAUUAAAUAAUUUUUAAUGUUGUAUUUAAAAUAAAUUUAUUAAAUUAUUU